AUGAAUCCCCCCGAAACCCCUGAUAGCGAUGCGCCGAAUCCUCCCUCCGCCCACCAUGCGCUCGGUAUUCCUCGCCCUCCCUCUGUCGGUGGAAUCUCGUCCCGAGUGACGGAUAUGUCGGACGAUGGAGAGAACUCGCAGACCUAUACCGGAGGAUCGCAGACCUACACCGGAGGAGCAUCGUCGCUUCCGCCUCGUUCGCAACCGUCCGUCUCCCGACGAGGGCCUCCCCCUGCGAGAAGUUCGGUCAUCACGUCCAUCAGCCAGGCGACGACCAACAGACCAGGAAGCUCGGGAAGCAGACUGAGCCGGACCCAUAUCCCGUCUUUGACUGCGCAGGGCUUUUUCCGGCCUAUGUCCUCCCAGCGUCUUCAAGCACACCGAGGUCGCCCUGUGACAAAAGGUGCCACCGAGUCGUCGGCGGAGGACUGGGACGACGAAGCAACUCAGAACAGAAUCAGUUUCGUUUCGAAUAGCACGCUCCCGCAAAGUUCCGUCCCGCAAGAGGAAGCUCCACCGUCUCGAGGAACCGAAUUCACCGACCCCAUCAUUCCAGAGCGGAAUACAUCCAACGCCAGUCCGACCGGCCAUACCACCACCGCUAGAAGCUUAGGCGAGAGCGCGAGACUGCUGCACGAGCGAGAACGAGCGAAUCGGCCCACUCCGGCGCAUCUCAAUCUUAAUCUGGCGGCCAACUACAACAGUGCCAGUAACCAUGAAACUCCGCCCAGAUCCUCGCUUUCGUUCCUGUCCUUGCAGAACAGAAGCCUCAGGCCGGAGCAUCGGGAUGGUCGACCUCAUGAAAGACUAUCUUCAGCUGGCUCGUCGCCUGGGUCUCUCGAAAAGCAGAACCGAACGGUGAACAAGGGCAACCAGGGCAAGAACUAUGAGUAUUUUACGGGCAACACCGCCUUUUGUGGUGGUGGAAGGCUUCAGAAUUCUCGCGAUAAACCGGUCAACAUUGCAACUGGCAUUUUUGUCGUUGCCCCCUCUGCCCUGUUCUUCGCGUUUUCGGCACCUUGGCUUUGGCAUCAUAUCUCCCCGGCUAUCCCUAUCUUGUUCGGGUACCUAUUCUUCGUGUGCUUCUCAUCCUUCAUCCACGCUUCUGUCGUUGAUCCUGGUAUUAUUCCGCGCAAUCUCCAGCCAAUGCCUCCGCCGGAGACGGAUGAUCCGUUGACGAUAGGUCCUGCGACGAACGACUGGGUGAUGGUCAAGUUGGCGACGUCCGAAGUCGCGGCGAUGGACGUACCAGUGAAAUACUGUAAAACCUGCAGCAUCUGGCGUCCCCCGCGCUGCUAUCACUGUCGUGUGUGCGAUAACUGUGUCGAGACCCUGGAUCACCACUGUGUGUGGCUCAACAACUGUGUUGGCCGCCGGAACUAUCGAUACUUCUUCACCUUUGUGAGCUCGUCUACGUUGCUUGCCUUAUUCUUGCUCGGAGCCAGCCUAGCCCAUGUGCUUGUCUAUCGGUCGCAGGAGGCCGUCUCCUUCGGCACUGCCAUCAACAAGUUAAGGGUUCCGUGGGCAAUGGUCAUCUACGGGGCAGUUGCUGCGCCUUAUCCGGCCUCUCUCUGGGCCUACCAUUUCUUCCUGGUUGGUCGCGGCGAGACCACCAGGGAGUAUCUCAAUUCCCAUAAGUUCGCCAAAUCUGACCGACAUCGGCCCUUCACGCAGGGGAAUGUCCUCGGCAAUUGGAUCUCAGUCUUUGCUAGACCUCGCCCGCCGACGUACAUGCAAUUCAAGAGACCUUAUACAGAAGGGGACCAGCGACUGAGUACCGUGAAACGGAAGUAUCUCCCUCGAGAUGUGGAGGCUCAGGCCGACAUAGAAAUGCAGCAUGUGCCUUCUAGCCAACAACAACAUGCUUAG